UUGCUUUCUGACCAUGGAAGAGACAAGCUAAAAGUCGUCCUUUGAGAAGUAUCUUGUUUGAUGAAAGUCUUUACUUCAACUAGCACAGUAUACUUGACACCAUAAAGAAAACUAACACAAUAGUCUAGUUCUACUCUUCAAAGAAACUGUUGAUGGAAGCAGAGGAGAUGGACAUCAAUCCAGAAGAAGAGAGUUUACUUGGUCAUUCUCCACCAAGAAGGACAAAGGGAGGUCUCAAAACCAUGCCUUUUAUCAUAGUGAAUGAAGCAUUUGAGAGGUUGGCAAGCCAGGGGCUAAUGCCAAACAUGAUACUCUACUUGACAAGAAUCUAUCAUUUUCAAACUGUCACUGCUUCAAGUAUACUCUUUGUCUGGUCUGCUCUGUCCAAUGGUUUGGCCCUCUUUGGUGCUUUUCUGUCACAUUCUUAUUUGGGUCGGUUCCGGAUCAUUUUUCUUGGAUCCUUCUCCAGCCUUCUUGUGAGUCCCUUGUAACUUUUUCUUUGUUUG